GAACGAGGAAGCACUGAAAGGACGGCAGCGGAGCGGAGGAAUAGACGUGAAUUAAUUAACGAUCUACCAUGCUGCCCAGGCUUGCUGUGUAUCUCCUGAUUUCUUUGCUGUUUCUCCUGGUGGAGGGCAGCACCACCAGUUCGCCCACAAAGGGCUCUGCUGCCCCAACCAGCCCUUCACCUCGCCCACCUCCUCCUCUGGGUGACCCCACCUGGGCUCUGGGUCUGCGCCUGUACAAGGCCCUACGCUCUGACUCCAGCUCAUUAAACACCCUAUUUUCACCUCUGCUCCUGGCCUCGUCUCUUGGAGCGCUGGGUGGAGGUUCUGCAGGCGCCACUGCCAGCCAGCUCCAGGACCUCCUCAAGACUUCCACCUCCUCCAACGCUGGAGCCCAGGCUGGGGAACGUUUGUCCGGGGCUUUGAAGAGCUUUGUUGAAGCCAACGCUACCGCCUUUGACCUGCACGCAGCCUCAGCUGUGUUUUCCAAGCAAGCUCCCCCGGUCAACCAGGCCUUUGUGAAGGACAGCCAGGCCAGGUUCAGGGUGCAGCAUCAGCCACUGGGGAAAGGAGACUCCAAGGCUGACCUUAAGCAGCUUCAUGGCUGGGCUAAAACUGGGCUUGGUGGUCUGGAAGGAGCUCCUUUGGUGGCAGAAAUCCAGGCCAAGGCUGGAGCUUUGAUACUGGCCAAUGCCUUGCGUUUUAAAGGGCUGUGGGAGAGAGAGUUCAGCGAGGAGAGCACCGAUCGUCGUACCUUCUUGGGGAAGAAAUACACCAAAGUGAUUAUGAUGCACAGAGCAGGUUUGUACCGUCACCAUGAAGACGUCGAAAACAUGGUGCAGGUUCUGGAGGUGCCUCUGUGGGGAGGCAAGGCCAGUCUGGUGCUCCUGCUGCCCUUCCAUGUUGAGAGUCUGGAUAGGCUGGACAAGAAGCUGACCUUGGAGCUGCUGUCCAAGUGGCUGGAGAAAACCAAUAUUACCAGUGUGACCAUCUCGCUGCCCAAGGCGAACAUUACCAGCACAUUCAGUCUGCAGAAACAGUUGCUUGCUCUGGGCUUGACCGAUGCCUGGGACCAGAAGGUGGCCGACUUCUCCGGUGUUUCGGACAAGAGCAAAGGGAAGCUUCAUCUGGGUGGCGUCCUCCACUGGGCUUCCCUGGAGCUGGCUGCUGAAGCUGGGAAAGGAGACACGGAUCUCGCGGAGGAGCACAUAGAAAAGCCCAAGCUGUUCUACGCAGAUCACCCCUUCAUCAUGCUUGUUAGAGACAACGCUACAGGAGCCCUGUUGCUGAUGGGAGCUCUGGACCACGCAGAAGGGGAGGCCCUCCAUGAUGAACUGUAGCACCCUCCACCGUCUGUCCUCUUUUUUUUUCGUUUUUUUUUUUGUCUGUCUCUUAAACUCUCGCUCUCAAAGGCUACACGCUGCUUUCGAAGUCGAGACAUUGUCAUUCACCAUGGCACACCAUCACAUCAGACUACAUCUGGCUGUCAUACAUUGACACUGCAUAGUCUCACACUGACACUGCUAUGCCCGACACUUACACCUACAUGGCAUACAGAAACGAAAAUACUGUAGAAGACAAUACUAAAGUUGACAGUUAAAGCAAAGCGCUAACUUUGAGAGACUCCCAGCUUUUUCUCUCUCCCACACAUGUGCACCCACACACACACGCAUUCAAGGCCUCAGUGAUCAAGUCAACACAAAACAAAAUGACAAACAAGAGUGCACUGACAAACACUAACAUGCUGACAAGCAGAAGUGGUUACACUGACACAACGCUUAGAGCAGCAUCAACAAAGAACCUUAACGAACAGAGGCUCACUGUGACACUUGAAUCCUCCCUGUCAGGCAAACACCAGGGCAGGUGAGUGUGUGUGUGUGUGUCUAUACUGUAUAUGUAUGUGGGGUGACCGACACAUUAAGGAUGCCCAUGCAGUCUCUAUUGGAGCCAUGGCGGGUUCCCCUGGGCUACAUCUGAGGAAGACUGAUGGAUCAGCCAAGUGCUUAUUGAUGAGCCAGCUUAAUGCUAAUGGCCGUAAUGAGUCACAACGCUUGUCAACAACACAGAGAGGACAGGGAACCUUUUAAUCUCUUAAUACCAUCAGGGAUCAAUGACACGGUCAUGCUGUUGGAAACUAACAUGACUGACAUCGCUUGACUUAAAUGUAACAACUUAAUAUUUAGGAUGAUUACAGCAGAUCAAAGAUGUAUUGAUUUUGAUUUGUGUAUUUGUUUUUUUUGUUUAGCACCACGGUGGAUGAAUGAGUUGAGUUCAUGAACAGCAGAUGCUUCUUUUGGAAGGUAUAUUUGGUAUCUGAUCAUUUUUGAAAUAUAUGUAUAUAUUUCUGCG